AACCCCUUCAAUUUGAUGUUAAUGAGACAUACCAAGUUGAAGCACGGAGCGAGUGAGACACUGCUUUUACUGAAGAUCAACCUGUUGUCAACGUGAGAAUUUUCACUGAAAGCCAAGUCCAAUUUAAACACACCAGAGCCAAACAACAUUCUCGACUGUCCAUCUUUCUUCGUGGAAUGCAUUCCUAAGAAGAAGAACAGAAUACUGUUGCUCAAAAUUAUUUACACGGACGACGAACGGAGACAACCAAAACGUGACAAAAUCUUCCAUCAUUCUCUCCAAUCCAGCCAGACCCAGAGUCAUUUGUUCAGGCUCCGCAUCUACUGGGCAAUGGAAUCGAAAACAUACAAAUGCACUUAUUUGCCGUGUCUUACAAUUUUCUGAACUCAUUGUUUAAACCCCACGAACUCAAGAAAAGUGUGGUGUGCUGACUGGACUUGAACUGAACAUAUAAAAAUACCGUUUGUUUCACUUGCCCAUUAAGAAAGGCUGAUCGAGAGACAGAUUCUUGCGCUUGGAUAUACAUUGUAUCAACUUAUGCAUGAGGGAAAUAUUUCAGCGUAUGCAAAAUCUCAUCAACUUAAAAUAAGCCUAACAAAGCAAAUUAUUGACACUGGGAGAUAUAUCAAAUCAUAGCUAUAAGUAGUUCCAAAUUAUAUUCCCAUUAGCAUAAGUUUCCUCUGAAUCCUAAUUCACAGAUACUCAAUUAAUACUCACUGGACAACAUAUAUCCUCUCAUAACCUAAAAUAAAGUACGAAGCAAGUAUACAUACAUUUUAUUCCUCGAUUUAAUAGAUUUGAUAACGUGCUGUCUGUUAUUCGCAUAUUGUUGUACAAAAAAGUUAUCCACUUGUUAUACUAAUUAUUAAAUCCGUACCAGUCGGGUGAGUGUGCCUAUGUAUUUAAGAGUCUAUAAUAUAUUAUAGAAAUAUUUUUGCCAGUGUUUUUAUCCACCUAAAAAGGUUCUGAGCUCAUGAAAUUCAUUGUAAUAAUUCCACUUGUACCCCAGUUUGACAUCACUGCCUACAACUAUUUUUCUCGUCUCAGUUACAGUGUGUACUGUUUGUGCAUGUACAGUGGUUAUAAUCUUGUAACAUAAUUAAGUGUAUAGGUAGGUACCGUUAAGUGUUUAAAGUCUACCGAGAAAAUACUUGCUUCUUGGGAAACAUAUUCUUAGAAAAGUGUCGGACUUCCAAGAUGCCUGAUCACCACAGCGUUGGGGCAACUCAAGUCAAGGAGAAGCGACAAUGGACCGUUCGUGCUUCAGAAUUUGCGAAAUGUACGUUCAACCCGAUUCGUUCCAUCGUGGACAGCAUGAAACUAGAGCCCCAUCCGGAUAAACACAUGAUUGCUUUAUCCAUUGGUGAUCCUACGAUUUUUGGGAAUUUAAAGCCCCAUGAUGCAAUAAUUGAAGCCGUCCAGAAUGCCUUGCACAAGAUGAAGUUCAAUGGCUAUGCUCCGACCGUAGGAUACUUAGAGGCCAGAUCCGCCGUUGCCGAAUAUUACACGACUGCUGACACCAUAGUCAGCCCAAAUGACGUGAUAUUGUGUAGUGGAUGCUCACAUGCCUUGGAUUUAUGCAUUUCUGCUCUGGCCAGUCGUGGACAAAAUGUUUUGAUGCCGCGACCUGGAUUCUCCAUUUACAGGACCCUUGGUGCUGGAUAUGGAAUAAAUUCGAAAUUCUACAACUUAAAGCCUGAGGCUGGUUGGGAAGUAGAUCUUGUCCACCUGGAAUCACUUAUCGACAAAAAUACAGUCGCAAUAAUUGUGAACAAUCCCAGCAACCCAUGCGGAUCUGUGUACAAUAAGCAACAUUUGCUGGACAUUCUCCAAAUUGCAGAGCGUCAUUGCUUGCCAAUCAUUGCUGAUGAGAUAUAUGAUUUCUUUGUUUUCAAAGGGGAAGAAUUUCAUCCUCUUGCAAGUUUGAGUCAAAACGUGCCAAUUUUAUCGUGCAGUGGAUUAACGAAAAGAUUUCUAGUUCCUGGUUGGAGGAUGGGGUGGAUUUUGAUUCAUGAUAGGAACAAUGUAUUAAACGUGGAAGUUCGAGGUGCAUUGCAAUCUUUAAGUCAGAGAAUUAUUGGGAGUAACACUUUAGUGCAAGGUGCCUUGCCCGAUAUUUUGAGGAACACCCCAAAGUCAUUUUUUGAUGAGACAAUUGCAACAGUUCAGGAGAACGCGGAAAUUGCGUUCGAAAAGCUACAGCUAUGCCCAGGGCUUCAUCCAGUGAAGCCGCAGGGGGCUAUGUACAUGAUGAUUGGCAUUGAGAUGAGACGAUACCCUGAAUUCGUAACUGAAUUUCAAUUCGUGGAGCGUCUUGUUUCAGAGCAAUCCGUAUUUUGCCUUCCUGGAAAGUGCUUCGACUAUCCUGAUUAUUUCCGGAUUGUCCUGACCAUCCCGAAAGAACAGCUUUUAAUAGCUAUGGAUCGGAUCAUGGAAUUCUGCUGUGAUCACCACAUCGAAGAAAAAAAUGCGGGUCAACACAUCGUAGAAGUGAAUGGAGAACAGGUUCACAUUGAUCACACCAUCCCUCAUAGUUUUUGCGGAGGCAUGGCCAAGACGUAACGAAUUUCCGAGCUUAUCAUCAAUUAAUAGAAACAUUUGUCGUCGAAAUUAUAAUGUGAAUGAAUCUGACAAGCAUUUAUUUUCAUUUAUCUAUUUAUCAAGAAAAUCUACGAAAACCAGAAAUUGACAUUCCUCCACCAAACAGUAGUUUGUCCUUUAAGAGCUUGUUUAUUCUCAAUGAAGGAAUAAUACUGUAAAACUGUAAAACCCAAAUUGCUGUGUUACAAACUGAGAAUCACUGGAUCAGAUUAAAUAAUAAUUACACGUAUGUAUUAUUUUAGUUGUAGAUAAGAAAUAUAUUUGAUUGCGUUUGGAGGAUAAUAAAUCAAGAAUAAAUCACAAGUUACA